AAAACGCUGUUUCUAUACAGGAAAUACCAAGUAGUGCUCAGUAGUAGCAAUGAGAUGCGGGAUUUUUAAUUGAAGAUAAACAUAAAAAUUCAAAUUUAAUUAUAACUAGCCCUGUGAGGUCCACUAUAAUGCUCAUGCGGCCCUCCUGAAAAAUGAAUAUUGGAAUUAAAGUUGACUUCUGCACAUCCCUCAGUUAAUCUGUGAGCACAUCUGGUGAUUAAACACAUCAGGUCUGCAGUGAAUCACUUAGUGCAGAGUGGGCAAAUAUUUGGUGUGACUCCACAGUGGGAUGUGGAUUACUAAUUAACAUGUCGGCAGUCUAAAUAGAUCCAGGUUCGGACUUCCUCCUCGCCCCUCCUGCGUGCGCCCAUAAAGCUUCCGCCCACGCUCAGCCUUGAAUUACUCCGCUGGCAGCUGCGUCCCCUCCCCCUGCCUUCUGACGUCAUCGGGAAAAGGGGCGAGGCCACGGCAGGCUAUAAAGUGUCCAUCAUUCAUUCACAUCCCAAACUCUGGAUUACCGCUGACGACACGAGGCUCGCUCCUCGCGCUGCUCGAAGGGAGAAACAGGCGGUUGACAAACCUGACCGAUCACGAUGUCCGCGGCCGAGAUGGGCCAUGUCCUCAAGGAGGGCGAGCUGGAGAAGAGAACCGACAACCUCCUCCAGUUCUGGAAGAAGAAGACGUGCGUCCUGACCCCGGACAGCCUCAACAUGUACGCGGACACCCAGAGGCGCUCCAAGAGCAAAGAGCUGAAACUGGAGUCCAUCAAGAAGGUGGACUGCGUGGAGCGCACCGGCAAGUUCGUCUACUUCACCAUCGUGACCACGGACAAUAAGGAGGUGGACUUCCGGUGCCCCUGGGAGGACAAGUGCUGGAACGCGGUGAUCACCAUGGCGCUGAUCGAUUACCAGAACAGACAGGCCAUCCAGGGCUUUAAGACGCGGCAGGACAAUGAGAGCGCGUCUCCGGGCCAGGAGGAGAGGCGCAUGGCCAGGGCGCCCUGAUCCGGCCGGCCGGCGCGCGACGCUGCGCUCUUUCUGCUCCGACACGUGUCGAUUUGGACUAUUUUAUUUUCUAACUCGGACCAAAUGGAAGGCGAGGUCAUCCGGGUCCAGAGAUGAAGGACGGUUCGGAACCGAGCUCCCAGGGGAGACCGGGCCAACUGAUCCAAACCGGACAGAACAAAACCUCUCAGAAGCUCCAAACAGGACUGAACUGUCAGAACUAUUUCAUGUUUGCUCUCCGGGGAGAAAUGACUCUUUUUAAAUCCUGUUUUUAAUUUAUUUGUUUCCAGAAGUGGUGUUACUGGCAAACAGCUUGUUUUCUUUGUUUAAAUUAUAUUAUUUCGACGUGUUUAAGUGUAUUUAUUUGAAUAAAUAUCCAUGUGUUUUUUAAACAGAACUCAUUCUCAUUUUGAAUCUGUUUUUUUAUUUUUGAUAUUGUAUCCACUUGGGGUGUUCUUUCCAGUUUCUUCAGGUCUGGUAAUGAGUCAGGAUAUCUGAUCACCGGAAGCUGUUUGAACUAAAUGCCACACAUGCAGCUGUAAAGAGGGAGUGUAGGAGCGGGAAGUCCCUUUUCUGUCUGCUGUCAGGAGGAAUGUGAGACUUUUUAUUGUAGCCAUCAGGGAGGGUGUCAGGCCUGACUCACAGCUGAUAAGCGUCAUCAGAACGGAAACUUAAAAAGACUGAAGGUCUUUGAACGCACCUGACCCAGAGGUGUGGAAACUUUUACAGCUCUGUGGGCAUGUGUUGAUAUGAAAACAGAAUAAAUGUUUGAGAUUAAAACAAAA